AGCUGGCAACGGUAGAGGAAAGUGGUGAACUCAUUUGACUUUUCUUUAUCAGCUGUACCAUGUACAUGAUGUGCAAGAGGACUGGGGCUCUGUGUCAAGGCCAGCUGGGAUGCUGAGGUUUUGUGUUAGGACCAAGGGUGAGCCUGAUGGCCGUUCUGGUUUGCCCUGCUCCAUGUCAUAUCCUAAAGGAGUUUAGGAUAAGAAGGGGAAUGUGGAGAUUGUGCCUGGUUUACUAUUUUUAUCCAACCUCCUCAACUUUGUAUGUAUUGAAGAUUGAUGUUUUAAACCACAGUUCCAAAGAUGAGAGGCCUUCUGCUGAAGGGCCACAGAGGAACACCAGGCUGGGAUGGAUUCAGGGCAAGCAAGUCACCGUGCUGGGAAGCCCUGUGCCUGUGAACGUGUUCCUCGGAGUCCCCUUUGCUGCUCCCCCGCUGGGACCCCUGCGAUUUACGAACCCUCAGCCUGCAUCGCCCUGGGAUAACUUGCGAGAAGCUACCUCCUACCCUAAUUUGUGCCUCCAGAACUCAGAGUGGCUGCGCUUAGAUCAACACAUGCUCAAGGUGCAUUACCCCAAUAUCGGCGUGUCAGAAGACUGCCUGUACCUGAACAUCUAUGCGCCUGCCCACGCCGAUGCAGGCUCCAAGCUCCCCGUCUUGGUGUGGUUCCCAGGGGGUGCCUUCAAGACUGGCUCAGCCUCCAUCUUUGAUGGGUCUGCUCUGGCUGCCUAUGAGGAUGUGUUGGUUGUGGUCAUCCAGUACCGGCUGGGAAUAUUUGGCUUCUUCACCACAUGGGAUCAGCACGCUCCGGGGAACUGGGCCUUCAAGGACCAGGUGGCUGCUCUGUCCUGGGUCCAGAAGAACAUCGAGUUCUUCGGUGGGGACCCCAGCUCUGUGACCAUCUUUGGCGAGUCUGCGGGAGCCAUAAGUGUUUCCAGCCUUGUGAGUUCUCUGCUUUGUGAUUUGAAUGAAUCUCAGUGCGGGAGGUUCCAAAAAUGA